AUGAUUUUCAGCUAUCUGGACGUGAGGGACAAAGGCAGGGUAGCACAAGUGUGCAUCGCCUGGAGGGACGCAUCCUACCACAAGUCUGUGUGGAGAGGGGUGGAGGCUAAGCUGCACCUUCGCAGGGCCAAUCCAUCCCUGUUCCCCAGCCUCCAGGCCAGGGGCAUCCGCCGGGUGCAAAUCCUGUCCCUACGCCGGAGCCUGAGUUAUGUGAUCCAGGGCAUGCCAAACAUCCAGUCCCUCAACCUGUCAGGCUGCUACAACCUGACGGACAACGGGCUGGGCCACGCGUUUGUGCAGGAGAUCCCGUCUCUGCGGGUGCUUAACCUCAGCCUGUGUAAGCAGAUCACAGACUCCAGCCUCGGUCGCAUCGCUCAGUACCUCAAGAACCUGGAGGUGCUGGAGCUGGGCGGCUGCAGCAACAUCACCAACACCGGGCUGCUACUGGUGGCCUGGGGAUUGCAGCGCCUUCAGAGCCUGAACUUACGCUCCUGCAGACAUGUGUCUGAUGUGGGCAUCGGGCACCUGGCGGGCAUGACCCGCAGUGCAGCGGAGGGCUGUCUGAGCCUGGAGCACCUCACUCUGCAGGACUGUCAGAAGCUCACGGACCUUUCCCUCAAACACAUCUCCAAAGGACUAGCCAAGCUGCGUGUGCUCAACCUGAGUUUCUGUGGGGGAAUCUCUGAUGCGGGCAUGAUCCACCUGUCCCACAUGACCUCCCUGUGGAGCCUCAACCUGCGCUCCUGCGACAACAUCAGUGACACGGGCACUAUGCACCUGGCCAUGGGCACGCUGCGUCUCUCUGGCCUGGACGUGUCCUUCUGUGAUAAGAUUGGAGACCAGACACUCGCUUACAUCGCCCAGGGGCUGUACCAGCUCAAGUCCCUGUCCCUCUGCUCCUGCCACAUCUCAGACGACGGCAUUAACCGCAUGGUGCGCCAGAUGCAUGAGCUGCGCACGCUCAACAUCGGCCAGUGUGUUCGCAUCACUGACAAAGGACUAGAGCUGAUUGCGGACCACCUGACCCAGCUUGUGGGCAUAGACCUGUACGGCUGCACCAAGAUUACCAAGAGAGGGCUGGAGCGCAUCACCCAGCUGGCCUGCCUCAAAGUGCUCAACCUGGGACUAUGGCAGAUGACAGAGAGCGAGAAGGUCAGGUGA